AUGGAUUUGGAGAAUGGGGAGCAACAGUGUGUGAUGUCUUAUAAGUUGGCUGUCGUACCGGCUACCAAACGUCCACCGCCUACACCUCAACAAGAAGCCAAACAACACAAGUUCACGUUUUAUGGAGUAAAAUAUAGAUCAAUUAAUAACCAUAAUGUUAUCUAUUCUAUUCAGAAAGCCAACACUCAUAAACAUCUAGCUUUGAUUGAUAGAGGUGCCAACGGCGGCAUUGCUAGAGACGAUGCCCGCAUCAUCAUUGCCAUUAUACGCCAACAAGCCUACAUUGGAAAGGGCCAAUCCAUUCUGUCCAAUGGACAGAUGGAACAUUUCAAGAUCGUUGUGGACGACAAGCCUACCAAAGUUGGUGGUCAACAGCGCUUGACAACACCAGAUGGCUUCGUCUUACCACUUGACAUCAGCAAUGGCCUCCCAUAUCUGCGAAUGCGCCCACCAACAGAUCUUGAGCUGAGUAAUCCCGACAUUCCACAUUUUGUACUCACUUCUAAUACUGAUUGGGACCCAAGUGUAUUGGAUCAUUUGAUCAACAAUAUGGAAAAAUGGGCAAACUCCGUUCUCAACUGCGAUCCUGAGGAUGAAGAACGCCUGUUUGAUCUUGUAGGAGUUCUUAAGAAUAAUAAAGCUGUUACUUCUUUUAAGGAUUCUAGACUAGAUGAAAUUACUGAUUUCUUUGAGAACUUCAAUUGUGUUCUUCCAACUGAUGGACUGUACGAACAGCACCAUCGAGCGUUCGACAACCUCACAUGGUUUAACUGCAACAUGACCGACCUAUUUGGCUUUGACGCAGCACCAGAAGAUUCACCCAUCCCUGAGUGUUUCGAGGUCUACGAAGCUCUUAAGCCCCCUUCAAUACUGUUCAGCCCAGGCCAAUCGGUCAACAACGAUAUCGAGUCAGCUCCUUUCAGCUCUUUCAAGGACCUUAUCCUCAAUUCGGACAAACUGACAAGGAAGACACCUCAUGGGGAGUUGGAUCGUCGUCCACCGCCAUACUCUGACUGUCCACGAGAGUACUAG